AUGGACAGUGUCUUUGGAAAUGUACAACAGGCGGAGAUGCUACUUGCCCAAUUCUAUAGUGCCAAGCAACAUGCUGAUGAGGAUGUUGCUUCCUGGAGUUGCCGACUUGAAGAUCUCGUAGCAAAGGCUGUUGAGAGUGGACAGGUUACCAAACACAAGCCUGCAUUGAAAGAUGCUUCCGGAUACAUGCAUGAGAAUAUCAACGACUUUGACGAGUUAAGGAUAGCCUUGAGACGACUAGAAGAUGACUGGAAUAGUCGGCAACCUGAAAAGGUGGCGAAGAAAGAGGCCACCAUUACCAAAGUUGCCACUACAGUGAUGGAGCCCGGCAAGUCCGAGAUGAGCGAGUUGAAGGGGAUCAUCCAGCAGUUGGCUGCAGAGGUGAAGGAUCUGAGGGUAGAGCGCCAAGGAAGCCAGUCUCAACAUAAGCAAACUCGGGUCAACGCAAGCCAAGGCAGAGAGCAACAACGUUAUAGAGGAGGCAGAGAAAACCAGUUCAACCAGCAGCCUCAGCAGUUCUCAGACGAUGGGAAUGAUCAGCAGGGUGCUGCAGCUUUUGAGGAACCAACCUGCUACAGAUGUGGUCAGAAGGGCCAUAUUAAGCUUGGAUGUAGAGCAAAGCUACAGAGACCAAGUGCUUUAAACGAUCAGAGGCCAGCGUCACGGGGCAGACGUUAG